AUGGAACUGCCAAAUGUAACAAUACCUAAAGUUGGACAAAAACCCUCGUCGAAAUUGAAGCUUCCCACGCCGAAGGAGCUUAUAUCUCACUAUGAGUCUCAGGGUAUGGACUCGCAGGAAGCGUCGAUGAAGGUCAUUGAGGAUCUUCAGAAGGCGCUGUUUGGAGUUGUAACCUCUGGCAAAGGUAGAAACGAUAAGCUAUUGGCGGAGUCCUCUAAGAAGAUUGAUUCAAUUAGCAAUAGACUCACUGUUCUCGACAUGAAGCUUGAUUCCAAGCCUGGCUAUGUCGAGACUUUCGCUAUUGGGCUUGCCUCGGGCACUGCUCUCAAAGGGAUAGGUGCACUCGUGCCUCAUAUUCUUGCCCCUCUUGCUCAGAUAUUGAACUCUGUUUCCUCUGCCACUAAGUCUUCUCCCCAAUGA